CUUCCGGAACUUCACGUGCCUUGUCCCAAAUAUUUCGAGGAUUACUCAAGAAACACCACUCAAAAACAAAAACAAUCGAAUAGAAUGAAUUGAUCCAAGAAUCGGUCUAAUGUGCACAUGUAUUUAAUUAAUCGCGUUGAACAUCUCUAAACGAUCGAACAUGUUUAAACACAAUGGUUUGAAUAAGAUUUUCCAUUUGAUUUUAAUUUACGGAGCGUUUUCCCAGGUUAAAGGCCAAACUACCAUCAAUGUAGCUGGUACUGGAUCUUCUGGAUCCCAAGGUAGAGUGGAAAUCACGAGGAACGGCGUCACUGGAACAGUAUGUGACGAUCGCUUCGAUGAUCUUGCGGCUGCAGUUGUCUGUCGACAAUUGGGAUUUCAGAAUGGUGGAGUAGCUGUAACUGAUGGAAGGUUUGGACAAGGUACUGGUCCUAUUUGGCUUGACGAUGUAACUUGUCAGGGAAACGAACUCAAUAUUGAACAAUGUACAGCCCGACCUUGGAACCAGUCAAACUGUCAACACAGUGAAGAUGUUGGUGUGAUUUGUAAUGUCUCGCCUGUUGUUUCACCAUCCGUUUUACCAGCUACAACAAGGGGACCAGCUACUGUACAACCAUCAAACUGCACCUCCCCGAGUCCUAAUAUCCGAUUGAUCGGACUAUCGAAUUUGAAUGGUAUAGGGUUUGUAGAGGUCCAGAGAAAUGGUGUUUGGGGAUCAAUAUGUGACGACCAAUGGGGCAAAGAAGAUGCCCAGGUGGUUUGUCGAAUGCUUUGUUAUGAUCCAAAUGUUGCUCAAGCAGGUGCACCACAGGAUAUAUAUUCUCAGGUCGUCAUCGAUAAAGUCAGUGCCAAUUAUCUUCUUGAUGACGUAGAAUGUAUUGGUACAGAAACUGACAUCGAGCAAUGUCCGAAAUCUACAGUCCACAACUGUAAUGUCAACCAAAAAGAGUUUGCCAGCGUUACAUGUGUAAAACUUCUUAAUGCACAGCCACUCGCACCGGUUCCAGAACUAGAAUGUUCAGGUGGGAAAUUUUACGCACGGUUCAGUAGAAUACAAGACAAAUAUUUGGAGGAAAAACAUUUAUCUAUAUUUUAUCCAUAUACUGGACCAUGCAAUUCAGAUACACAGAAAACGACUGAUACUGUUACAAUAAUAAUACCAUACAGUGAAUGUGGAACAGUUACAACGGUGAAUACAUCUCAUAUCAUUUAUACAAACUCAAUAAAAUACGACUACACAGUCAUCGCAAAUCAGAUUGUCCGUGUCAACACAUACAGAAUUGAGGUUAGUUGUGAGUUCCCACGUGAUCUCGACACAGACAAGGGAGUUACUCCACUUACUGAGACUGUUACCCAGAAGGCACCUGGUACAUUCACUAUAUCAAUGUCAUUUUACAAUGAUUCUUUCAUUACUGCAUUGAAUGGGUCUGUUCAAAUGACACUUGGAGAAUGGUUGAAUGUUGCGCUAACUCUGGAAUCCAUAGACCCCAACUUAAAGCUUGUAGUACCAGACUGUAAAGCAACUCCUACCAACGAUCCAAAUGAUCCGACAUUUUUCAAUUUAUUUAGCCAAAAAUGUCAAAAAGACCCAACACUAGGUUUCUUCCCUUUGAACUCCACUUCAUUUGGAUUCCGCUAUCAAACAUUUAAGUUUGUUGCCUUUAGUAACGUUGUGAUCCAGUGUGACGCCUUUGUAUGUCUUGUAUCUGAGAAAAAUGCUGAAUGUGAUCGAAGUUGUAAUAGUACAAGUACAGGAAAAAGGCGAAAACGAGACGUUGAUUCUAGAGAAAUCUAUCGUGUGGUUAGUCCGCCAUUGAACUUUAUUCAACAUGGAGAUGGUGUUGUGAUUGAUAGGGGUGAUGGAUGGGAAGUCAAUUUAGUUACAACAAAGUCUCCAUCAACUUCAAGUAUGGUCGCUUCUAAGGUUCCUGUAUGGUCGACUGGAACUGUCAAAACAUCAACCAAAGUGUCUUCUGUUACUUUACCAACAAUAGAGCAAACUAAAUCACAGAAAACGUCGCAGAUGACAACAUCUAAACCAAUUCCUUCUGAUUCACCAAGUCCUCCGCAGAAAACAACAUCUAAACCAAUUCCUUCUGAUUCACCAAGUCCUCCGCAGAAAACAACAUCUAAACCAACUCCUCCGCAGAAAAAAACAUCAAAACCAAUAUCUUCCGACUCACCAACUCCUCCACAGAAAACAACAUCUAAACCAAUACCUUCCGAUUCACCUCCGCAGAAAACAUCGCAAAAGACAACAAGUAAACCCAAACCUUCCGUUUCACCUUCUGAGAAAACAACAAUUAAGAAGCAAAAUUCCUCCACGAUAUCCUCUACGACACCGAAACCAAUCUUUCAGCAUACUGUGGGGAUGGAUACAGUAUCAACUCCAAAUGAACUCAUAAAAAUGACAAGCUCAAAUUCACAAACGUCAUCUCCAGAAAAUCAAAAACAUAUUCCUGAUCCAAAUAAAUUGUAUGUUGGAGGUCUAAAUGGAAAACUGACCAUUUUAUCACAUGCGUCUUGCCGAAUGUUUUCUUUUUAUACUUUAUUGCCUUUUACAUUAUUUGCUUUAUUCGUGAUCUUGUGAUAUUUGUGAUAUUAUGAUAAUACUUUUACCAUAUAUAAGAAACGUUUGUUAAGUUUUAAAUUUUACAUUGAAAGGAGGCUUGAAAUUUUUACUUUUUUUUGUAUUAUUUGUUGAAUGUCAAUGAUUUUAUAAACAGUAAAUGUAUGACUGUUUGAAUCUUUGUCGUUUGAGUUGUACAAAUGGGCUGCCAGGUGAAAACAUUAUUCAAACAAACAAUAUUAUUACUAUCUCUUGAAUUAUGUUCUACAUAAAAAUGAUGUAAUUGACCUGUAGUUUUUGGAAAUAUAACAUUUAAAAAACAUGGAGGAGAGAAUUACAGAAAAAAAUUGGUACGAAAACACUGAAAAAAGCGUCACACAAGGAAAGGCAAUGGAGAACGAUAAUCAGCAAAACACUGAAAAAUUAAUUGAAAAACACAGGCUGACACAAUAAAAAGUCUAUAUAAAAUUAAGAGACGUGGUAUGAUUGCCAAUGAAACAAGUUCUAUCCUCGAUGUCACUACAAAUGCAUACAGAAAAAAAAUCUACAAUUGUUUUUUUUCCUUUCAAUUUUGAUACAACUUACUUGAAGCAGUACACAAUUGAUUACAAAAGAAAACAAUUGAGGUCCGUGUGCUUAUUUUUUAGAUAAAAACAAAAACUUACUUUUCUAAAUGCUGGAGAUCAAUAUAAUGUCUUCUUAGAGAAUUUCAAUUGUGCGUUAGACAGAAAACUAGAUAAGGCCCCUUCGCAUCAAAAUGAGGAUGCAGGUUUAAAGGAACUAAAGAGUCUUUUGAAAUUUGAAUUAGAUGAUAUAUCGAGAUCUUAAUUUCCAACAAAUAGAAGGUAUAGUUUUCAAAGAGGUAAAUCAAAAUCACGAAUAGAUUAUAUUUUUUGUACGAAAUCUCUAAGCUGCAAAAUUUCAAAUACGCGUAUAUUUACUUUUAGUGAUCAUGACAUAGUUACUUCAAAAACUAAAUUAGAGGACCGGGAUUGUGGAUCAUGAAUCUAAAUACAAUUAAGACAAAUGAAUUUUCAAAUGCAUUUAAAAUGUUUUGGGAAAAUUGGGUAACAAGUAAAGAUCGAUUCAAUAGCAUUCAAGAAUGGUGGGAUGUAACAAAAUCAAAAAAUUAAAUGUUUGACUAUAUAGAAAUUAGUCAAAAAUUAAA